UUUUUCAAACGGCAACGAGGCUCUAGGGGAUGGCUCCGUGAGGCUAGGAGGAGUGCAGCUCGGGAAGGCUAAACUUGACCAAAGGAGUGGCCAGUCCUGUUCACAAUGAAGCCUGCCCUGCUGCCCCCUGAGUGUCUGUGAGGUUCCCCAAGCAGGCUGCGGGGCCGAUGGCCCCGUAGUGAAAAACAGAAGUUUCUCCACAUCUGUUGAGAGCAGACCCCUGGAGACAACAGUGGUAAACAGGCAAAACAACUCGAAUCAGAAGAAAUGAAAGCGCUAAGGACACUUGCGUUCUGCUUGGUGCUUAUUGUGACGUGUUCUUCAGAAGCGACACGGAGCACGACUGUUCACCCUUUGAUUCUCCAUGACCAUGAACUAGCAGGGGAAGAGCCAGUGAGGCAGAAACGAGCAGCUGCAGUGGGUGGUCCCGUGGAGGAAGAAUACACCGUGGAUAUUGAGAUCAGUUUUGAAAACAUCUCCUUCCUGGAGUCUGUCAAAACUCACUUGAACAGCCUCAGUUUUCCAAUUCAAGGAAACAGCACUGUUCCAGCCACUGACAUCGUGAGCAUAGCGGUGACAACAGUCUGCAAGCCUGCUGGAAAUGACCUUCUGUGCUCCUGUGAGAAAGGCUAUGUGUGGCCUCGGGAAAGGUGUCUCCACAGUCUCACUUGUCAAGAGCAUGAUGGUGCCCUGUCAGGCCGCUCCUGCAGUUGUUUGAAAGGACUUCCUCCCCAGGGACCUUUCUGCCAGCUCCCAGACGCAUAUAUCACCUUAAAAAUCAAAGUCAGACUGAACAUAGGAUUUCAAGAAGACCUCAAGAACUCGUCCUCCGCCCUCUAUAGGUCCUACAAGACUGACCUGGAAAGAGCGUUCCGAGAGGGUUACAAAACUUUACCAGGAUUCAGAUCGGUGACUGUGACACAGUUCACCAAAGGCAGUGUGGUUGUGAACUAUGAGGUCCAGUUAAAAUCGGCACCACUGCCUGGAUCAAUUCACAAGGCCCACAAGCAAGUCACGCAGAGCCUCAACCAAACUUACAGAAUGGACUACAACUCCUUCCAAGGAACGCCGAGCAAUGAAACGAAGUUCACCGUUACCCCAGAAGUCAUCUUUGAAGGAGACAGCGUGAUUCUGGAGUGUGAAAGUGAGAUCGUGUCCUCCAACGCUUCUUGGUACCAUGGAGAAAAACGCUUGGAGAUCCAGAGUGGUGGCAGAUUCUCCAUCCACACCUCCGUCCUCAACAACAUGAGCUUGGUCUCCCGCCUCACCAUUUAUAACUUCACGAAGCAAGAUGCAGGUGAAUAUCGUUGCAAGCUGACACUGGAUAUCUUUGAAUAUGGUGACUCCAGAAAACUAGAUGUCACUCCCAUUCGGAUUUUGGCCAAGGAAGAAAGGAAGGUGGUGUGUGACAGCAACCCGAUAUCGCUGAAUUGCUGCAGUGAGAAUAUUGCAAACUGGAGCAAAAUUGAAUGGAAGCAGGAGGGAAAAAUAAAAAUUCUAGGGAUGCCUGAAACAGACCUGGAGUCUAGCUGCAGCACUUACACCCUCAAGGCAGAUGGAACCCAGUGUCCCAGUGGGUCUUCUGGAACAACAGUCACCUACACAUGUGAGUUCGUCAGUCCCUACGGAGCCAGAGGCAGUAAGAACAUAGCCGUGACAUUCAUCUCUGUAGGAGAUAAUUCCAGCUACAAAGGGGAAGUGCCCGAGUCCGUAAGGCACGUGAUGGAAGUGAGUACAGUUCAGAGCACCACCAGGAACAGCCUAGAAACAAGUAAAGCCCAGGAGCAGCAAGCCAACCUAACAAUAACCCCGGACCCAAUUUCUGUUUCUGAGGGACAAAGCUUUUCAAUAGCAUGCCUCAGCGAUGUGAGUAACUAUGAUGAGGUGUACUGGAACACUUCAGCUGGCAUUAAAAUCCAUCCAAGGUUUUAUACCAUGAGGAGGUAUCAGGAUGGAGCCGAGUCGGUGCUGACGGUGAAGGCUUCCACCAGGGAGUGGAACGGAACCUACCACUGCAUAUUUAGAUACAAGAAUUCAUACAGUGUUGCCACAAAAGAUGUCACCGUUCACCCACUGCCUCUGGAGUCAGAUAUCAUGAUGGACCCUCUGGAAGCCAGUGGCCUGUGUACCAGUCCCCAUCAAUUCAAGUGCUGUGUGGAAGAGGAGCGAGGGCAAGAGUACUCGGUCACUUUCCAUGUCGAUUCCUCAUCCUUCCCUGCUGAAAGAGAAGUCAAUGGCAAGCAAGCAUGCUACAAAUACAGCCUGCCACCAAACUUCCUUCCUCGGUGUCCCAAAAAUAUCAGUGUGUUUUGCCACUUUACCAAUGCGGCCAACACUUCAGUCCGGAGCCCAUCCAUGAAGCUUACCCUUGUUCCAGGGGAAAAUAUCACAUGCCGGGAUCCUGUAAUAGGUAUCGGGGAGCCUGGGAAAGUCAUUCAGAAGCUGUGCCAGUUCUCAAGUGUUUCCAGAAGCCCUGGCCAGAUCAUCGGUGGAACUGUCACUUAUAAAUGUGUAGGCUCCCAGUGGAAGGAGGAGAAAAGGACCUGCAUCUCAGCCCCAAUCAACGGCUUGCUCCAGUUGGCCAAGGCUUUGAUCAAGAGCCCCUCCCAGGACCAGAAGCUCCCUACAUACCUGAGGGACCUCUCUGUUAGUGCUGGGAAAGAGGAACAGGAUAUCCGCUCCUCUCCAGGGAGCCUGGGAGCCAUCAUCAACAUCCUUGAUUUGCUCUCAACAGUUCCAACCCAAGUGAACUCAGAAAUGAUGAGGGAUGUGCUUGCUACCAUUAAUGUUAUCUUAGACAAGUCCGCCUUGAACUCCUGGGAGGAGUUACUACAGCAACAGAGCAACCAGAGCUCUCAGUUCCUGCAUUCAGUGGAAAGGUUUACCAAAGCCCUUCAGCUGGGAGACAACACCCCUCCGUUCCUCUUCCACCCCAAUGUUCAGAUGAAGAGCAUGGUAAUAAAACGUGGCCACCCCCAAGUCUACCAACAGAAGUUUGUUUUCGCAGACUCUGACCUGUGGGGCGACGUUGCCAUUGAUGAGUGUCAGCUGGCAAACUUGCAGCCAGAUUCAUCUGUUGUCACUGUGGCUUUCCCAACUCUGAAAGCCAUCCUUGGGAAGGAUGCACAGAAAAAGACGUCUUCCAACAGUUUAGUGAUGACAACCACCGUCAGCCACAGCAUCAUCAAGCCAUUUAGGAUUUCCAUGACUUUUAAGAACAACCAUCAUUUGGGUGGCAAGCCACAGUGUGUCUUCUGGAACUUCAGCCUUGACAACUACACAGGGGGCUGGGAUGGCAGUGGGUGUACUGUGGAGGAUGAUGGUAGGGACAACAAGGACAGGGUGUUCUGCAAAUGUAACCACCUGACGUCAUUCUCCAUCCUCAUGUCCCCAGACUCCCCAGAUCCAGGAUCUCUCCUAAAAGUACUGCUGGAUAUCAUUUCUUACAUCGGGUUGGGUUUUUCCAUCUUCAGCUUAGCGGCCUGUAUCGUUGUGGAAGCGAUGGUGUGGAAAUCAGUGACCAAGAAUCGAACUUCCUAUAUGCGCCACAUCUGCAUAGUCAACAUUGCUCUCUGCCUUCUGAUCGCUGACAUCUGGUUCAUUGUGGCUAGUGCUAUCCAUGAUGGUCACUACCCACUCAACGAAACAGCCUGCGUGGCGGCCACCUUCUUCAUUCACUUCUUCUACCUCAGUGUCUUCUUCUGGAUGCUAACCCUGGGCCUCAUGCUCUUCUACCGUCUGAUUUUCAUCCUGCAUGACGCAGGCAAGUCCACCCAGAAAGCCAUUGCCUUUUCCCUAGGCUAUGGCUGCCCUCUCAUUAUCUCAUCCAUCACGGUGGGGGUUACCCAGCCGCAGGAAGUCUACAUGAGGAAGAACGCAUGUUGGCUCAACUGGGAGGACACCAGAGCCCUGCUGGCUUUCGCCAUCCCAGCCUUGAUCAUUGUGGUGGUGAACGUGAGCAUCACAGUCGUGGUCAUCACCAAGAUCCUGAGGCCUUCCAUCGGGGACAAGCCAGGCAAGCAGGAGAAGAGCAGCCUGUUCCAGAUCAGCAAGAGCAUCGGGGUCCUCACGCCGCUCCUGGGGCUCACUUGGGGUUUCGGUCUUGCCACAGUGAUCCAGGGGAGUAAUGCUGUGUUCCACAUCAUAUUCACCCUCCUCAACGCCUUCCAGGGGCUCUUCAUUUUACUCUUUGGCUGCCUCUGGGAUCAGAAGGUGCAGGAAGCUUUGCUGCAUAAGUUUUCAUUGUCAAGAUGGUCUUCUCAGCACUCAAAGUCAACAUCCCUAGGUUCAUCCACACCCGUGUUUUCCAUGAGCUCUCCAAUAUCCAGAAGAUUUAAUAAUCUUUUUGGUAAAACAGCAACCCCAAAGGUCCCCCCAAGCAAUGAUGGAAAGCCCGUUAGCAGUGCCAGUUCAUCAUCCUGAUGGAACAUAUAACGUUUCCACCCCAGAAACAACCAGUUCAUCCGUGGAAAAUUCAUCUAGUGCUUACUCGCUGCUCAACUAGGACCAGACAAAGCCAAAUCCGCAGGACCUCUCAGAAACAGGGCAUGUGCCGAGAAAAAGGGACCCAUCCACAUCUAUGGGUAAAGUGUUCUCUCUGCAGACUGCUUGCUGGGAGCAGAUGCUGAAGACACUCAGUAGCGAGGAUGCUUUCUUCUGUAAAGACAGACUAAAAGCAAUUUCCAUGUUUAUUUUUGUCCUCCCCAUCCCUCUUGUAAUGCCAAAUAUGUAUAGUAUUUAAAAGAAACUCCCUUAAGACCCAACUUUUCUAUAUGUAUUGUAAAAUAGAAUUUUGAAGAGAGUUUUUCAUCACCCCAACGCCCCUGCCAUUGACACAAAGAUAAGUAUAAGAAGUUAGUACUCAGGAGUUCAAUGAAUUCAAGGAAAAAAGAAAGGGUGGGAGGAAGGAAGGAGGAAGGUAGGAAAGAAAGAAGGGAGAAUAAUGUAGAAAACAUUAAUGAGCACAUUUUGAGGUUCCUACAUCAAGAUCUAAUAUGAUCACUCAGAUAUCACAGUGCAGAGAAUGAAAAUGUAUGGCUCAAAAAUGGACAAUGAAAUGAAGUCACAGGGGGCGAGCUUAGCACAUUGCUGAUACUUCCCAGCAAAAGGAUAGAAUCCAAGACAGAGGAGAAGCAGGAAGGGAACCAUGCCAUGAGGAUGCCUCUGGCUGGAUGGUAAUAUUUGCAAGCUACGUACCCAAGGAGACACAUGUCCUCAUGACAAGGACAUGCGUAUGAACCUUUGCAUGUCAGGGCCUGAGCAAAGCAGGAUAAGCACACAGAGGAAACGUGACAGCAACGCUGUCAGACUCAAGUAAGGAUUCAUCUCUCAUGGUUUGUCAGAGAGGCACUGCAUGUUAGUUUUGUUCAACGUUUCGAAAGCAAUGCAUGUGUAUGUAUAUAGUAUACCCAGUUAUUGACAAGUUUGGUAUAUUGCACUGAAUGCAGACUCCACAUCUGUCUUACAUGUAUCAGCUUUAACCAGGUACUUUCUGUGCGUUAUAGAAUAGAUUUUAAUGAUUGUGUAGCAUGUACAUUCUUUACUAUUGCCGCUGUGACAUCCUCGUGACAGUGGAGAUGAUGGCCCUGGAUGUGCUGUAUAGCUUGCUGUUGCUACCUGUUCCCGGUCUUGUCAGUUCCCAGGCCAAUAUACAUUCAGAAUGUCUAUGGUCUGAUCUGUGUUCAUUACAGCCCACUUGGAAGGCUUCUGGAGAAAAAGUAUACUCUAGACUCUUCUGUGCUCCCAGCCACACUUGGCUUUGAGAGGCAAAUGGCAGAGCUCCUCCCAAGGAUCAGAUUGUUCAUAAAUUUAUACCUGUGUGGUUUUUAUACAUGUGUCUCUCAAAAAUGCAGAUAUUUAUUAAAACUACAGCCAUGUUAGAGCUCACCACUUCAGUAUCAAGAGCAAUCACGCAGCUCAUAUCCAAGAGUAAUCUCAAAGGGACAGUGGCGGUAAGGACAGCGUCUGAGUUCAUUUCUCAUUGCUGUAGGAGGAUGCUGAGUCGGAAGCAACUUAAGGGAGUCACGGUUUGUUUGGGCUUGUACUUCAGAAUGCAGUCCGUUGUGGCGGGGAAAGCACAGCUGUGGUGCAUGACGCCAGCCCAUCUCCCUGCCUCAGUAGUCUGGGAAUAAAGAACAGGGAGUGGGACAAGGUUAUGAACACUCACAGCCCUCCCCCCAGUGACACACUUCCUCUAAACAGGCUCUGCCUCCUAAAGGUUCCAUAACCUUCCCAAACAGCACCAGCAGUGGGGUGGGGAGCGGGACAAGGGUUCAAAUACAGGAGCCUAUCGAGGACAUUUCUCAUUCAAUAACAAACAGCAGGCUCUUCGGGGGUGGAUGGGCCCUGUUGGGUUUUAAGGCUUCUGAACGCCCUUCAUUGGGAAGACGGGGGAGAGGAGUCUGAACUCUAACGGUCACUCAUUGACCUGAAAGUUUUAUCUUAAAUAUUUUCAAGCACUUUAAAAUCUCUUCCUUUUAGUUCUAAGCUUCAGUUCCACGUUGCCGUCCUUCGUAGAGGAAGGUCCCAUCCACUGUGCUCCAUUUCUACCCAAGUCCCCACUUAGUGUCUGUUACUUAAAGUCCUUACGGAAAAUGAAUCUUAGCACGCAAAUGUGGAUGAGUUCUCCGGGAGUCUCCAAAGCAGGGCAGAGUUCAGCAGAGAGAGAGAGAACAGAUGAGGCUAAGAUGAGGCAUCCUUGGGUUGGAGAAGGAAUGACUGGGGCUGAUUCAGCUCCCUGACUUAGGUUAAGGAGCUCUGAGGCAGGAGCAUUGUACCGUAUGGCAGGGCAGCCUUGGCAUCAGGGAGGCACAGCUCCAGGGGAGGCAGGGGCCGGGCUUCUCAAGAACGCCAAGGUCCAAGGAACACUGAACUUUGGCCCACUUCGUUGGUGCCCCUUGGGAGCCAUUGGGCUUGACCUUGUGAAGGGAACCUCCAUAACGGCAUAAUAGCAGGAACUUGCAGCUGAAUUCCAUAGGAUGUGGAUCUGGCCCUCUGCCUGCCUUCAUUCACAGGGACACGUUCCCCUGUCGCCGGUGCGCAUGACCACAAACUCUAAUGCACACACAAAUUCAUACACAGACCCCCAUAAACCGACAGAGGCAUGCAGGAACAUGUGUGCACAGGCAUGCACAUGCACAUAUACACACAUAGGCUCCUAUGAACACACGUGUACACCCAAAUCCACAGGCAGACAUGGACAGCUGUUUUCCUGAGAACUGCCACAUCUCUGCCCCAAAUGAAUCACUCAUUCUUUAAAAUUCCCUAAAGGAAGUUUGCUAGUUUGUAAAUGCAAGAUUCAGCAGGGGGCCAUUGAUCUCGGGACAGACAUGUGCACAUCCGCACCAACAUUAACACACACAGAGGCCCUCAGUCUUUCAAGGCACAGCAUUGGUUUCCAGAAAAGGCGGCUGGAGAUAUGGCUGGGUGGUUCAGAAUGUACGCAACUCCUACAGAGGAAUCCCAAGUUCUGUUCCUAGCACCCAUGUUGGACGGCUCAUCACCACCUGUAGCUCCAGCUGAGGGGAGUCUGUUGGCCUCCUCUUGACUUUGAGGGUACUUACACAUACAUAUCCCCCAGAAAAUCUAUGUGACAAAAUUCGGAGGAGCACUUAGUGGGUUUUCUGCUCACAAGUCCACAUUGACCUUUACUAUAAAAUAAUGUAGUACACAAAACUGUAACAGAUGGAAGCACACGGAUCUGUUCACUGUGUGAAAGCCAGAGCCUGCACCCAGUUCUGCAGCAGCAAGGGGCACUGACUGGCAGAGAGUGUUCAGUGACUCAGAUGCCAACAGAAGCCUGUUCACUUUGCUAAGAGAGUGCACCCUGCUGGCAGCAUUCUCCAUGCCUUUUAUUGUGUAAAGUAAAUUCCAAGGGCUCCAACUUUCUUCCCUUAAUGGGCUUUCCAUCAAGGCAGUUUCUUGCAAGAUCUAUGCUAAUGUUUUGGGGGUUGUGAAGUUGGAGGAUCCAAGACCACAGGAUCAAUACACAGCGAUGUUCUCAGGGACUACUCUAAGCGUCAUCCAGCAUCUCCCAGGGUGUAGGUCAAGAAAGGAGGAAGUGAAGAAAUGCAUGGGAAGCCAGAGGCUUUUGUGAUUUGUGCAGAGCCCCCCAGAGAGGUCUGUGUCAGGAGAAAAUGUACACGGAGAUAAGAAAGAAUACAACAGCCAGUCAGGGAGGAGGGAGACACGGAGGAGUUAAUCCCAGGUGAGUGGAGCAGAAAGUCGCAGCCAGUUAGGAAGACAGAAGAAAAUUACAUGAGCUGUUUAUGCAGAGAUUAAGCGUUUUAUCUGUGGCACGUAGAGGUGCCAUGAUAAGGGACGCUUGCACCCCAAAGAGAAAACCAGUGACCCAGGCCAAUAGAAGCCUGGUUCCUUCAGCGUCCACAAGGGAGGAGCUUAGAGCAGACAUCUAUUUCUUGAUUAUUUUUAAAGACAACAGAAAUGGCAUUUCUAUUGCAAUCAGAUGCCAUGGGUAUCUCGAAUUUUAACUCAGAGUUUAAACCAUGUCCUACUAACAUGUCAGUGAUGCUUUCCUUCCCGAUAAUAAAAUAGCUAAUGAUUUACCGAA